AUUCGCAACGCCUCGAACUCGGCCUCGCUCUACCUUUUGCUCCCCUUGCGCCCCCUUUCCUUCCCGAGCGCUGAAUGUCGCCUGCUGCUGCUGCUGCUUUCCCCCAUCCGUCUGGUCUAUCCGUCUCCGCUUCCUCCUCCUCUAUCCCUCGCACCUGAGCUCCGCGACAGAGACAGAGUGCGAGCGGAUUUCUCUGGGUGUGGGCUCACUGAUAAUGGUGGACGACGAUGUUUUACUGGAUAGUACACACAUAGCUUCUGUUUCUACUGGGGUCAGAGGGUGGUGGAGGUUCAUGGGCGUUCUGCGGCAGGUCGGGACGUAUCAUUCUUUGCUCUGGUCGAUGUAGCUCAGCAGAACGGAGACCUAUGGUCGGUUGCACACGUGGGGUUAUAGUGGAACUUUGGCGUUGCGCCUUGGGAAGUCUUCUGGAGGUCAGCCUUGAUUGAUUAUCGAGUUUGUGAGUAACGAAGUAAAAUCUACGAAAAGUUUUACCUUGAACUCCACGCACCAGACAUGUCUCCGGACCAUUAUGAUUUUAGAAUUUUUGAAAUUGUGAAGUCCCUGGACGAAUCUGAAACAGCUAGAAGUUGACUGAGCUAGAGAUGGGACAAGCGACGCAUUAUUCUCACGAGCUUAAACUUUCACUGGUGAGGCACUGAUGGAACGGGACAUGAACGCCGCAAGCUGGUCCAAUCCCGAUUCGGUUCAAGUCGAAAAUUACGACUGCUGUCCUGUGCCUGAACCGGAGCCUUUCGAUACAUCGACUAUCGAUCCCAGCCACGUUAUCUACCUUAUAAGACAGCUGCUCCCGAGCAAACCUGUCGCUGUCAACGUACAGUCAUUAACGAAGGCUGUAGAUUGUGAGGCAGCAGAGAAGAAUGGGACAGUACAUUCCCCAUGCAAGGUUGUUGAAGGAAGACCAUCAGGAAAGAAAGGUGCUGUUCAUGCGGAGCAGGCGGCAGGAGUUUCAUCAACUCGACAGGACCGAGAGUCCGAAGAAAUAAUCAGUAGCACAGGAUCUGUGCGGGAACAAGGAAAACCGGAACCUGAGUCAAGCUUGAUCCCACACGAAGAUUCACAAAGGGCUGAAAUUGUUGUUAUUGCUAACGGUAAUCACGUCCACGAUAAUGGAGACCCUAGUAGGAAACGACUUCGGGAAGGUUGCAAGGUGGUGGAGCAAGAAGGAAGUAGUCCAGUUCAUGUUGAGAACGGGAUCUGGAAAAGUCCAGAGAAGUUACGAAAAGGUCUUUCACCCCAUGAAGUGUUUACCAAGGCAGAAGACAAUCUAUUGUGUAGAGCUGAAGACGUUGAAUUGGAAAGAGGUACAGAUAUCUUGCAGGACAACGAUGUUCAUCAGAAAGUUGCGAGCGAAGAGGAUCCAAUGGAAGAGGCUGGUUGUGUGCUGUGGGAUCUUGCCGCAACCGAGUCGCAUGCAAAUUUUAUGGUGGAGAAUCACGUGUUGGAUGUGCUUUCUGCUGUUUUAUGUAUGCCACAUUCAGAUCGAAUGAGGGAGAUCUGCUUAGGCAUAUUUGGAAAUCUAGCUUGCCAUGCCGGACCUGUGAAGGCAAUAGUGACUGUUGAGGGCUUGAUUCCCACUCUUGUUGAGCAACUUUUUGUCGAAGAUACACCUAGUCUUACAGAAGCCUGCAGAUUGCUUAGUGCAGGUUUGCACAGUGACGUGGCGGUCGCAUGGGUUGCAACCAUUAAGUCACCGAAGGUAUUAGAGCGUAUUAUGUGGAUGGCAGCGAACACAUUGAACUGCCAACUACUUGAAAAGUGUACGGAGUUGAUUCUAGCAAUGGCAGACAGUAGAAGGGAUGCGGCUUCUGUGCUCCUGCCGCCCUUGCUGGAGUUGGGACUUCCUGAUUUAAUCACAGAUCUAAUAGCCUUUGAACUAACGGCUAUCACUGAUGGUAUAUCUACUAGAGGGGACGUCGUCUUGGAUAUUGUUCUACAAAUUGCCGAGGCACUUUCAAUAUCAGAUGAAUUUGCCUCAAAAUUAGCUGCAAGUAACAAACUCUUUUGCCUGAGCUGCCAGAUCAUUCUUCUGUCCGCUAGAGACGAGAUCGGACCUUCCGGUAUCACUGCGACUGUGUUGAUUGCAAACCUUUUAACUGAGGAAGCAGGUCUCAUACAACAAGUGUUACAUGAUCCCGUACUACUUGGAAGGUUGUUGGCUCUCGUACCUUCUGCUGGUGAUGAUCCAGGGGCGCGAAAUGCUUUAUGGAGUAUUUUAGGAAGAAUAUGCAGAUGGCUGGUAGGCACUCAGCCUGAAGAUCCACCCAGCGGGACGGUGGGGAUGAUUGCAGUUCUAGCAGAUGGAUGUAGCCUACUGUUGGACGACUUGGAUGUACAUCUAGAAGAUGAUGUCGAAGAAGAUGAAGAUCGAGCAAUAGCAGGACAUGAUGCAGCUGCUAGCACCAGCAGAGGACUACAAGCUAAAUUAGCAACUGUAUGCAAUAUGCUGCGUAUAAUGGAGAAAUGGACACUUGUAUAUGAUGGAAGACCAGCUCGAGAUGUGCAAAUGUUGCGAACCAUAAGGGAUGCUAGCAAUUUGUUGAGGAAGCAUGUAGCUGCCAAUGAAAUUAGGUCAGGACCUGCAGAAGGUAAUCCACCAUAUGUACCACAAGAUAAUGGGCCACAAGAGAAUGGGGCUUCUCAUGUUAUAAGUCCUCCAGCGAGUACAGUGUAAUGUUGAGUUAUGCUGGUAACGAGUUGGCAGGUAUGCCAAGAACAUUCUAACGCAAGAUGGAUGGAUGAAUCUGCGAGGAAACUUGUAAUCAGUAGGCCUUCAAGUAGAGCUGCCUAUGAAGACAGGAGCGGGUUUGAAGGCUGCCACAGAGAAAGCGCUCAAAGAGCCAAAGUUUUUGCUCUUCUUGAAACUAGAGCAUGAUAUGUCGAUCAAUUACUUCUUGCACCAACAUCUGGUUGUUGGCUGUACUUGUGGGGGUUGUCAUAUCUUUUAUCAACUAGAAACUGAUUUCUUAAGUCGGUUAGUAUCCACACUUUC